AUGGCUACACCACUCAUCGUCGGAAUUGGCGCAAUAACCGCUGCUGUUGCUGUCAGACAUGCUAUGCGUACCGGAGCACUCAACUUUGGCAAAAAGGCUGGUCAGGAGCUUGCAAAAGGCGGCUUCAAGGCCAAGAUGGACCGAGCAGAGGCGAUGCAAAUCCUUGGACUCAAGGAUACCGUAGCUGGCCGUGCAAAACUGCGAGAUGCGCACCGACAAAUUAUGCUGGCGAACCAUCCCGACCGAGGAGGAUCACCAUAUCUGGCUAGUAAAAUCAACGAGGCGCGAGAUUUGAUCGAUAAACUGGAUAAACGCCCAUGA